AAACCCUACUUGUAUACCCGUCGCUCUUUCCGAAUACCGGACAAGAGGCGAACGGCGGACGCAACCGACCCGGAACUCUCCCGGCUUAUAAAGCUUUCCCGGGGAACAUUUUCCGGCGAACCAACACGGUCGAUGAGCAAAGCCACGGCGUCGAAGUCCAAGCAAGCAACUCUCUCAUUCCUCUUCCUCCGAAUCGAAUCGAUUCACACAUCACCGACCCUCCGAUGGAAGCCCCGGGACGAAUACAAGAUGACCCGCCCCGAAUUGCUCGACCGGAUCUGCCGUCUCCUCGUUCUCCGGCGUUUCAACGCCAUUUCCUAUCUCUCCUUCGACUUCUCCGACGACCUCGUCGACGCCGUCCUCCGGAAACUGCGGUUGAACCCUGACGCCUGUUUUGAGUUCUUUAAAUUGGCUUGCAGGCAGCAAAAAUACAGGCCCAACAUCAAAGUCUACUGCAAAAUUGUUCAUAUACUGUCCAGAGGACGAAUGUUCGACCAAACGAGGACAUACUUGUACGAGCUUGUCGGAUUUUGCCAGAAUAAGAACGCUGGUUCCGUGAUUUGGGAUGAAUUAGUAAGGGUUUACAGAGAAUUCUCAUUCUCGGGAACUGUUUUCGAUAUGAUUCUGAAGGCGUAUGCUAAAAAGGGUUUGACGAAGAAUGCCUUGUAUGUGUUUGACAAUAUGGGCAAAUGCGGUCGCGUGCCGAGCUUGCAGUCGUGUAAUAGUUUGCUGAGUAGUUUGGUUAGAAAUGGCGAAUUACACAGUGUUUUUUGUGUGUAUGAUCAGAUGAUUAGAGUGGGGAUUGUUCCUGAUGUAUAUACAUGUACAAUAAUGGUGGAUGCUUACUGUAAAGAUGGUAGGCUUGGUAAAGCUAAUGAAUUAUUGAACGAAAUGAAGGAUUUGGGCUUUGAACCAAAUGUGGUUACUUACCAUUGCUUGAUCAAUGGAUACAUCAAGUUAGGGGAUGUAAAAGGGGUUGAAGGAGUGGUGGAGUUGAUGAAUCAAAGAGGGAUUCUAAUCAAUUCGGUUACAUACACAUUGUUGAUUAAGAUUUACUGUAAACUGUGUAAAUUGGACAAAGCAGAGAGGGUGCUUCAGUCCAUGAAGCAGAUGUCAUCACUAAUGGUGGAUGAGCAUGCUUACGGUGUUCUAAUUGAUGGGUACUGUCGAAAUGGAAGAAUGGGUGAUGCCUUGAGAAUUAAGGAUGAGAUGAUGGGGUUAGGACUGAGCAUGAAUUUGGUUAUUUGCAAUUCCAUGAUCAAUGGGUACUGCAAACUUGGUCGAGUUCAUGAAGCAGAGGAACUGGUGACAAGUAUGUUCAGAUGGAAGCUGAAGCCUGAUUCUUAUACCUAUAAUACUCUUCUAGAUGGUUAUUGUAGAAAGGGUGAUACAACCGAGGCUUUCAACAUAUAUGACAAAAUGCUAGAAGAAUGUAUUAAACCAACUGUUUUAACUUAUAACACUCUCCUGAUAGGGUUAUUCCGAAAAGGUGCUUUUGACGAUGCUUUGAAUCUUUGGCAGUUGAUGCUAGAAAGAGGGGUCAUCCCAAAUGAGGUUAGCUAUGGCAUUAUACUUGAUAUGCUUUUUAAGAUUGAGAAUUUUGAAGCCGCGUUAGUGUUGUGGAAACAUGCUUUAGCCAGAGGCUUUGCCACUAGGGUCACUUUCAAUACAAUGGUUAAUGGACUCUUCAAGAUGGGUAAAAUGGUUGAAGCAGAGGAGGUUCUUCACAAGAUGGAAGAGAUGGGAUUUUCUUGAUGGCAUAUCAUAUGGGGCCUUAGAUGGUGGACAUGAUAAAGCUAAGCAAAUGUUAAAUGUACUUGCUGUGUCACUGGACUUGGAUCUUAUGCAAUAGGGCUUCUGUUCUGGAUUUUGGUUUUUCAAGGAAGUUGCAUAGCUUACCUAUGGUGUACGGGCUCACCUGAUUGAUUCCCACCCAGAGCAUAACAAAUAAAGUAAUCUGAGCUGGCCCCAGGGAAGAACCCCAUUAUUGGGAACAAAUCCCUGAUGCUGUGGUUCAUGGGGAACCUAGGCUGCAUCAGCUGGCUUUGGACCUGUUGGAUUGGACCAGAGGUCAGGCAGGGCUAGCCCGGAACAUGAUGGCAGAACUGAGCACUGGUUUGGACUUGUUGGAUUGGAACAGUGGUUUUCGGGAGUGCUAGCCUGGGACAUGAGGGAGAAAUAUGCUUCAAAGCGUGUCCUGUGUUGUGAGUUCUUCCAGGAUUGAAUGUCCAAACAAUGAAGAUGCCGUUGCAAAAGUUCUAUUUGAAGCAUCAGAAGUGGAAACAGAGAUGCCACACCUUGCUAGAAUGAGUACCAUGAGAUAAUUUUCCUGAAUUACAGCUGAGCCCUAGGAUUAACAGUUUAUCUUUUGUAGUUCGCCCAUUUAUUGUGACCAUCUUCUGCGUGUAAUACUAAUAGUUUUCAUAACCUUUGCUUCUGAUUGCAGAAGCUAUGACUAUGAUCAGUUAUCAUACUCUCUCAGGAUAGUUCUGUCUCUGAGAUGUAAACGUUUUUGUAAUGUAAAGUUGUAAUAAAACAGUUUUCUGUCCUUUUAGGUAUUUAGAUGCGAUGUCGCCUGACAAUUCAAGUUCAUCCAUGAAAUCUCCUGUUAUGACUUGUCUACCUGAUAAUGUUGGAAGUUAUUAAUCAUUCGGAGAGAUUCCUGCACAUUUGAUAUUGGAGUUUCAUUUUCCUCCCAGUGCUCUAUUUUGACUCAACCACACCCUGCUGGAAAUGCAUUCAUCCGAUAGUGGACAGUGUCUGGAUGUCUUCGAACUUAGAGCUUCGGUAUUGGAUUAAUGGGCUAUGUCGACAGCUGUGUAUUGGGCUAUUAGCAACUCUUUCUAUGUGCUUUUAUGUGUACAUUGAUGGCAUAAAUGAUGUUUCAUAGAUUUCUCUGAAGCAGGAGAUCCUUGACGAAUCCCAUUUCCCUCUGCUGCUGCUUGUAGCUGCUUUCUUCUGCUGGUUUCCUUUCCCAAUUUUGAAUCUGUACUAUUGUUUCUAACUGCAGUUCCUCUUAUUUAUUUAUAAUGAAUGUGGGCUCUCUCUCUCUCUCUCUCUCUCUCUGACUUCUGUUUCUUGUGUCCUCUCUGGAUAUUUAUGUCCAGAAUUUUUACAAGCGUGCAAAUUUAUUGAACAACAAACACCUUCACCAUUGUUGUGAACUUGACUGAAGUACUAAAUACUAAACAGCUGACCAAAAUUGAACUGGAUUUCCAAAUGAAAGGUCUCAGAUUGAGACACUAUUGGGAAUUCCCCGGCCCGUGAGACCAACUCCACUGGUUGGAAUUAGUAAAGUGUAAG